AGCACUCACAGGAGAGACCAUUCCAAGGACUCUUGCUGGCAAGGGGCUUAUUUUCUUCACAGCUCAGGAAGCUGUGCACCUAGAACCACAGGUACCUUCGACUGUGCUCGUGUUUUAUAAGGGCACAAAGGAAACCCAGCCUGAUUUCCUCCUUCAGGACAAAGGAAGCCAGGAGUGGCCUUAGGACCCAUUCACCCCACCCACCGCAGAGAGCACUACAAAUGCCUCUGUGAGCCCUGCCAUUCCACAGCUCUGUGCUCCAGACGGCAUUCCCGCGUGGACACCAUGGCAGUCCCGUGCCUUCUACUCCUUGCUGGCGUGCUGGUCUUGGCUGCCCCAGCCCACUCCAUGCUUGCACAAACCCUGAACGUCUUCAAGAAGUCUCCCUCCAACACUUCAGCCAGUGCUCUGAAGAAAACCAGUUGGCCCAAAGACUGCAGUGAGAUUCCCGCUGGGAGCCCCAGUAGUGUCUACAUCAUCCAGCCCACAGGACUGGACCCCAUGGUAGUGUACUGUGAAAUGAAUGUGACACAUGGGGGCUGGACGGUCAUCCAGAGGAACCGGCAGAGCACGGAGAUCACCUGGGCCGAGUCCUGGAGCACCUACAAGUAUGGCUUUGGGGAUGUGCACACCGAGUACUGGCUGGGCACUGAGUACAUCCAUCAGAUCGCCAAGCAGAAGGUCUACCAGGUCAGGUUUGUCAUCUGGGAUGCCACAGACAACAUCCAUUUCGCAGACUACAACCUCUUCAGUGUAGAAGAUGAGUCCCACGGCUACCGGCUGAGGCUGGGCUCCUAUGCAGGGACAGCAGGGGAUGCCAUGGACUCAGAUAAUCCCAGAAAGGUGCACAACAACAUGAAGUUCUCUACUAAAGAUCGGGAUCAGGACACUUACAGAGGGAACUGUGCCUCCCGCUAUGGGGGUGGGUGGUGGUAUUCAGCCUGUUAUUCUGUACAGCUGAAUGUCAAGGGGGGCAUAACGUGGGGCAGCCUGUGCAAAGGGAACUGCAAAGCUUCUGCCAUCCUCAUCAAACCAGCUCUCUACUAUUAGUACCCUUUCCCCCUCCUCUCUGCACUGGGCAGGCAUGGGGGGCCAUUUUGCUGGCUUGGGGUGAAAAGGCUUUUUCCUGUAUAUAAAAAGCUGUUUUCUUUUCCCCUUCUGUUGGAAAGUACCAAAGUUCCAUGUUUUGUCUCUGGCCUGUGGUGGGUUUGUAGGGAUCACUGUUAGGACAACUCUUUAUAAAUGCUGUGGUUUCCAAGCAUGUUCCUUCUGGGGAGAAAGCUGUGCUCUGAAACCUAAAACCCUCCUGAUCCAGCCAGGUUUUAUCCUCUUUUUGCUUUGUGGGUACAGAUAACUUCAGCAGAAAACUGUCAGUCAUCACUAGCUAACCUGCUGUAGGUUGCUGUGAGCCCACGCAGGCCAUGUACACACCAUACCCCUGCCGUAGUCUCUGUUCAUCCUGCAGAAUAAAACCGCUUUCAGA